UUUUUUAUUUUUUUAAACUUUUCUUUAGACAUUUUCAGUUCUAAUUUUUAUAGAAGAAAAGAAAAGAUGGAACUUGGAGUUGUUUUAUAUGAUCAAUCAGAAAUUGUAAUAACAAGUCAAGGCAACAAAAUUAGCAGAAAAGCAAAAACCUAUGGAACACAAAAUAUUAGAUUGAGUGGAUAUACAAUUGUGAUGAGGGAUGUGUUGCUGAGAGGAGAUUUAGCUCAAAUACGUCAUGGAAAAUAUUGUGUGCUUCAAGAGGGAACUAUUGUUAGGCCUCCAAGUAAAUGCUUCAGUAAUGGACUUGUUUUCUUCCCUGUACAUUUUGGUGAUUAUGUAUUUAUUGAAAAGAAUUGUGUAAUUGAAGCAGUCUAUAUUGGCCAUUAUAUCCACAUUGGCGAAGGCUGUAUUAUUGGACAAAGCUGUGUGAUCAAAGAUUGCUGCUACAUAAAAGCUAAUAGUGUUAUUUCUCCUGAUACAAUCAUUCCACCAUUUUCAAUUGUCGAAGGCAAUCCAGCUAGAGUUGUUGGUGAAUGGAUACUUUCUGCGACACAAUUGAUGACGGAGGUGUGCCAAAGUUUUUUUGAUAAUUAUUUGCCUGAAACUGUUUUAAAAAGUUCAAUGACCAAUCUUUCUUGA